AUCAAACACAAUCCCUGAUCUUCAUCUGCUUCAAUUUCUCUUCUCUCACUCUCACCAACAAAAAAAAAGUCACACCUAACCACUUUAAUCUUGAAUUCACAUACUGUGAGAGGGAGAGAGAUCUAGAGAGAAAGAGUUGUAGAGAAUUAUUGAGAUGGCACUGGCAAAAGAAAUUAUGGGUUCUAGUGUGAUGGAGAGGUGUUCAUUUGUAGCUUCGUCAAAAGUUGUUUUGAAUCAUAGGCAGAAGCAAUUAGUGUUGAUUCCUUUGGAGAAAAGAAGGGUACAACAAGUAAAAAAGGUAGUCAGAGGUCCUCUUGUCACUGUGGCGGCCAUUAGUGAGGAUGUGGUCAGAGCAGUGCCUGAAAAGGCAGUGAAAUUCAAGGUUAGAGCAGUGGUGACUGUGAGGAACAAGCACAAGGAAGACUUGAAGGAGACACUUGUAAAACAUUUGGAUGCUCUCACCGACAUGAUCGGAAGGAAUGUUGUGUUGCAGCUUGUUAGCACCGAUAUGGAUCCAAAAACGAAAGCCCCAAAGAAGAGCAAUGAAGCCGUGCUGAAGGACUGGUCAAAGAAAUCGAACUUGAAAACAGAGAGGGUAAACUACAUAGCAGAGUUCACAGUGGAGUCGAAUUUUGGGAAACCAGGGGCAAUCACAGUGAUCAACAAACACCAGAAGGAGUUCUUCAUGGAAAGCAUUACAAUUGAAGGAUUUGCAUGUGGUCCACUCCAUUUCCCCUGCAAUUCAUGGGUCCAAUCUAUCAAAGAUCAUCCUGGAAAAAGAAUAUUCUUCUCCAAUCAGCCAUAUCUGCCUAGCGAGACACCGGCAGGGUUGAGAGCACUAAGGGAGAAGGAACUGAGGGAUUUGAGGGGUGAUGGCAAAGAUGUCAGAAACUUAUCUGAUAGGAUCUAUGAUUUCGAUAUAUACAAUGAUUUGGGAAAUCCAGAUAAGGGAAUUGAGUUUGCUCGCCCCAUUCUUGGAGGUCCAAAUAUCGCAUACCCAAGGCGCUGCCGUACCGGACGUCUUCCCACUGAUACUGAUAUGCUUGCAGAGAGCCGUGUGGAGAAGCCAAAUCCAAUGUACGUACCUAGGGAUGAACAAUUUGAAGAGUCAAAGCAAAACGCAUUCUCUGCAGGAAGGCUAAAAGCAGUGCUUCAUAACUUAAUACCAUCCCUAAUGGCCAACAUAUCAGCCAACAACCAUGAUUUCAAGGGCUUCUCUGACAUUGACAGCCUUUACAGUGAAGGCCUACUCCUCAAAUUGGGCCUCCAAGAUGAACUCCUGAAGAAACUCCCUUUGCCCAAAGUGGUUGGCAAGAUCCAAGAAUCCAGCAAAGGCGAUCUUCUCAAAUACAACACUCCCAAGAUAGUUUCUAAGGACAAGUAUGCAUGGCUGAGAGAUGAUGAAUUUGCUCGGCAAGCAAUAGCAGGGAUUAACCCCGUUAACAUAGAGAGGCUUAAGGCAUUCCCACCUGUGAGCAAGCUUGACCCCCAAAUCUACGGUCCUCAGGAAUCUGCUCUCAAAGAAGAACACAUUCUUGGCUAUCUCAAUGGAAUGACUGUACAACAGGCAUUGGAUGAAAAUAAACUAUACAUGGUGGACUACCAUGACGUCUAUCUUCCAUUUCUUGAUCGCAUCAAUGCACUUGAUGGCCGCAAAACUUAUGCCACACGUACCUUAUUUUUUUUGACCCCAGUAGGCACUCUUAGGCCCAUAGCUAUCGAGCUUAGUCUUCCACCUGCUGGACCCAGUACUCGUUCAAAGCGUGUGGUCACACCCGCAGUUGAUGCCACCACCAACUGGAUUUGGCAGCUCGCCAAAGCCCAUGUCGGCUCCAAUGAUGCCGGCGUUCACCAACUCGUUAACCACUGGUUGCGUACCCAUGCCAGCGUGGAACCGUUUAUACUGGCAGCACACAGGCAAUUGAGUGCAAUGCACCCCAUAUUUAAGCUUCUUGACCCGCACAUGAGAUACACACUAGAGAUCAAUGCGUUGGCUCGCCAAAACCUAGUCAAUGCCGAUGGUGUGAUUGAGUCUUGCUUCACUCCUGGUCGAUACUGCAUGGAGAUUAGUGCAGUCGCCUACAAGAAUUUCUGGCGCUUUGAUCUCGAAGGCCUUCCAGCUGAUCUCAUUCGAAGGGGUAUGGCUGUAGCGGACCCCACACAACCACAUGGAGUGAAGCUACUAAUUGAGGACUACCCUUAUGCAUCUGAUGGGCUCCUGAUCUGGUCCGCCAUACAGAAAUGGGUUCAAACUUAUGUGAACCGUUACUACCCAGAUUCAAGCCUAGUCUGCAAUGACAAAGAGCUCCAAGCCUGGUACGCUGAGUCCAUAAAUGUGGGUCAUGCUGAUCUCCGCCAUGAAUCCUGGUGGCCCACACUCGCAACCCCUGAUGAUCUCUCCUCUAUCCUCACUACCAUCAUCUGGCUCGCCUCCGCUCAACACGCAGCCCUCAACUUUGGACAGUACCCCUACGGCGGCUACGUCCCCAACCGCCCAACCCUGAUGCGUCGAUUAAUUCCCGAGGAGGGAGACCCUGAAUAUGCCAUAUUGGUCGCUGACCCACAAAAAUAUUAUUUCUCAUCAUUGCCAAGUUUGUUGCAAGCGACCAAGUUUAUGGCCGUGGUUGACACGCUCUCGACUCACUCUCCAGACGAGGAGUACCUUGGAGAGCGACACCAGCCAUCGAUUUGGUCCGGUGAUGCAGAUAUCAUAGAAGCAUUUUACGGGUUCUCAGCUGAGAUCAGACGAGUAGAGAGAGAGAUUGAGAAAAGGAACAGUGAUCCGAAACUGAGGAAUAGGUGUGGAGCCGGGGUGUUACCGUAUGAGCUUCUUGCACCGAGUUCUGAGCCUGGGGUAACAUGUAGAGGUGUCCCCAAUAGUGUGUCCAUAUGAUAUUAUGAGGAGAGUCCAAAUUAGGCUCGUAACAUAGGCAUAGACAGGCGUUACCUUUAUGAUUAAUCUUUCACUAUUUCCUCAUAUAUUUUUGCAUAUGUAAAUCCUGGAUGGACAAAUGUGCUCUCAGUAGCUUAGUGAUGUAUAUGCAUAGAAGUAAUUCCAAGAAUAUUAUUUGUAUUAUAUAUCAAAUACCCAUAUCAGUUAUUAGUGAGUUGAAAGUUUUAUUUGGUUUGCCAAUUCA